AUGGGUUUAAACUGCUCCCCUAUGUUUUGUAAUUACGCAGAUUCGGUGGAAUACGAGGUAGAAGACGUCGAUGAAACGGAAGCUGCGGAACUGGACCCAAGUCAGGCGACUGGACAAAUCAACAAAGGAGACAGAAAACAAUCGAAUGAAAGUCGGACAAACUUACAAGGUGACGAAGAAGCAGCGAACUGUGAAGAAGGUGGAGGAAACGAAGAGCAGGAGAAUGAAUCUUGUGAACACAGAAAGCAGUCAACACAAGGCUUAACAAUACAGCAAGCAAAAGAAGAGGAAGCUAAGCCGGAUGUUGGAAUAGAUGAAGAACAGACUGUGGACUCCAGUGAUAACAGAGACAGUUAAAAUGCGUGAGAAGACAGUCUCCAUCUUAUCGUCAUACAAACGCUUGACUCUUCGCGAUUCUCAACGGUCUCACAUGGACAGCGACUGUCUCUAGACGAGGCAACCGAAAACCACCGAUUUGCGUCAACCACGUGUAUGACUUAUUCCUUUCACAAAAGCCCAAUUAUCUCAGAUGCACUUGAUGCUAUGCAACACAUUUCUC